AUUUCCCUCUCCAUUUCACGCCCAACAACCCCCCACCCCACCAAAAGCACACAAAUUAAGCCAAACAAGUAGCACACAAUUUCUUGCAAGCUCCAAGAACAUAACAAUAUGGGCACUCUUGUAGGGCAUGUGGCACCUGGAUUUGGCGUCUUGAUCAUUGGAUUAUGGCACCUAUUCAACCACAUCAAACUUCAUGCCCUCCACCCAAAAACCUACACCUCCUCACCAUGGUUUCCCACUUCAAGAAUCAAAUAUUUGGAGCUCUACUUGAUCAUGCUAGGUUGCUCCAUCUCCAUAUCCAUGGAGCUCUUCAUCGGGCCGGACCGGCACCAACCCCUCGACCCUGAUGGCACCAUCCCUUCUAACCAUCUCCAUAACUUUGAACACUCCAAUAUUUCCUUGACUUUCUUCGUCUAUGCUAUCUUUUCAAUCUUGCUCGAUAGACUUGCCACGUCAGCACAAUAUGGGCUGACAUGUUUACUUGGGGCAGUGGCGUUCGGCCAACAACUCCUCCUCUUCCACCUCCACUCCGCCGAUCACAUGGGGGUGGAGGGCCAAUACCAUUGGCUACUCCAAAUUGCAAUAUUCAUAUCACUUGCCACUACCCUUUUAGGCAUUGGUUAUCCCAAGAGCUUCUUGAAUAGCUUUGUGAGGUCAAUUAGCAUAGUGUUCCAAGGAGUUUGGCUUAUGGUCAUGGGGUUCAUGUUAUGGACCCCAACCCUAAUCCCUAAGGGUUGCUUCAUGAACUUGGAGGAAGGCCAUAAAGUGGUCCGGUGCCACGGGGAAGACGCCCUAGAACGUGCCAAAUCACUAGUGAACAUUCAAUUCAGCUGGUACGUCAUAGUCAUGAUGAUUUUUUCUAUAACGUUUUAUCUAGUUAUGAUCAAAUUACACCCUGAAAAAGUCGAGUACGAAUCUCUGACAAAAUUUGAGUCACAAGACCAAGAAAGCGACGACGACGAUGUUGAAGCCCAAAAGAAGGGCAAUAAUAUUGAGAAGAUAGGGGAUCAGGGUAGGAGGUUUCUCCAAAUUGGGAAGACAAUUGGUCCUAUGGACAUAGAGAGGUAGAAGGUCAACAUUAGUGGAAGUUGUAGAUUAAUUUGGCUAAGUAUAUGUGUAAAGAAUAGUAAAGGUUGUAGGGUUAAGUGGGUGUACACUUUGUUUGGUUUUGACUAAGCCUACAAUUGUUGUUGGCUUGGUUAAUUAAGUGAAAAUCCUCAUGCAAAAAGAGAACAAGUGUGGUGUGUAUAGUUUGGUUUUUAUAUGUAGCAUUUGUGAAUGUAUGUACACUAAAAACAAAAGUGAUUCUUGAUUUUUUAAUGAA